CACGAACGUUGUCGUUAUACACCACCAUUCCCCACUCGCUCACCCAUCCCUCGAACAUGACUUUCGUCUCGAAUGAUCCCAGUUGGUGGCCGUUCCUCAAUUUGGAUAUUUUUAUCGGCUAUUGGGCAGUUGCCGCAGGCGUCGUGGUGGUAUACGAUUGGGUCUUAACAUUCGGACAAGAGAGACAACGAUGGUCUCUCAUGACUGUGCUGUAUUUGACUAUACGCUAUAUUGGAAUACCGUAUUCUCGGGACACAGAAUAUAUGCCAUCGGUAUCGCUGACAGAUGCAGGGUGAGUGAGAUUCCAACCAAUGAACUUGGCUCCACAUAAUGGCUCAAUAGGUG